GACUUCUGCGCUCUGCAGUCAAUCUAGACUACGCACCUAGGCUCACAGGUGGAGGAAAUCAAAUAACGGAUGAACAUCGGAAAUAGAAAUUAAAUUUAAUUUAACAAUUAAUGGACCGAAAAUAUUUUCGAUUUUAUCUCAUGCAAUAGUCAAUUUACAAUUUGGGUACUGCAGAAAAAGGAAAAAGACGUCUUGGAGCUCGUGUGUAGGCCCGACCUUUCAGUGAAAUUGGUGGGAAUCCUGGUGGGAUCAUUGGUAGCUCCACUCCUCCCCUUCCUCCUUACUCUCCUUGUAAAUUUUGUUUUUGUUCCCACCCCACAAUGCUGCUGGGAGAACCAUCGUGUCAUAACAAGCAGGAAUGAAUUCUUCUGGCUUGUCUGAGAUCGCUGCUGUUUGAGGUCUGCCAAGAAAGGAAGAGAGGAAGAAAGAGAGAGAUUGGGAGAAAAAAGGAAAGAGAGGGAGAGUGUGAGAGAGAAAGAUAGAGAGAGAGAGAGGGAGAUAGGCAGUCUUCAAGAUGUCCUGGAAACAGAGAGAGACUUGAGCAUCACAUUUUGACAUACUCUGGUGCUACUCUGGACUAAGUGAGUGUUCGUGUUCAUUCCCCUUGUGUGGCUCACCACCGUGAAGAGGGCACCAUGCCAGCCAAGGGCAAGUACCUGCUGAAUGAGCAGGAGCUCAAACAGGAGGCGCUCUUCCACAGGUUCUCCUGCAUCAGUCAGUAUCAGCUGCUGGUGAUGCUACUGGGCCUUGUCAUUCUCUGCUGUGCCUCCCUCCUCAUCCUCUUCUUCUCUCUCAGGCUGAGUGCAGUACAUCACAGUGCGUUUGUGAGUGUGGUAAGCUGCGGGCUGGGCGUGUUCCUUGCCCUAUUUAUGCUGGUAUGUACAGAAGCGCUGUCACAGCGCUGGAUGGUGGUGUUGGGCGUGGUGGUGUGGACCACUCUCAUUACUAUGGGCUUCACGUUCAUCUUCAGUGGUGAUGUCAUCCGUGCCUGGGACCAGGUUCCGUUCUUCCUCUUCAUCAUCUUUACAGUGUACACCAUGAUGCCAUUCCAGAUGUGCUACGCUGUGCUCCUGAGUGUCAUCUCCUCUCUGUCUCACAUCAUUGUCCUCACUGUGCGCCUCACUGUCUUCAGCCACACCCCCAAUGCUUUUCUAGCCAAUCAGCUGCUGUCCAAUACCGUGGUGUUCCUGUGUGGCACUGUGGUUGGGGCUUUUCACAAGGUCCUCAUGGAGAGAGCUCUGAGACAGACCUUCCAGGACACUCUCCGCUGUCUGGGAAUCCGCAUGAAACUGGAGAUGGAGAAAAGGCAACAGGAGAACCUACUGCAGUCUGUGUUGCCAGUUUAUAUUUCUAUGAAGAUGAAGCUGGCCAUCAUGGAGAGAUUGCAGGACUGCAAAGACAAGGAGGAGCGUCAGCGGCUAGUCAAGGACAACAACUUCCACAGCCUGUAUGUCAAGAGACACCAGAAUGUCAGCAUCCUGUACGCUGACAUAGUGGGAUUCACCCGACUGGCCAGCGACUGCUCUCCCAAGGAGUUGGUGAUCAUGCUCAAUGAGCUCUUUGGGAAGUUUGAUCAGAUUGCCAAGGAGAAUGAAUGCAUGAGAAUAAAGAUUUUAGGAGACUGUUACUACUGUGUCUCUGGCUUGCCUGUCUCCUUACCCAAGCAUGCCAAGAACUGUGUGAAGAUGGGCCUUGACAUGUGUGAGGCCAUCAAACAGGUUCGAGAAGCUACAGGUGUGGACAUAAACAUGAGAGUGGGCGUACAUUCUGGCAACGUGCUGUGCGGUGUGAUUGGCCUCCGUAAAUGGCAGUUUGAUGUGUGGUCACAUGACGUCACUUUGGCCAAUCACAUGGAAUCAGGUGGCGUACCCGGGCAUGUCCACAUCUCAGAAGCCACACUCAAACAUCUUAACAAUGCAUAUGAGGUAGAGGAGGGGAAUGGUCACCUGAGAGAUGCCUACCUGAAGGAGCAUAAUGUCAAGACAUACCUGGUCAUAGACCCGCAGUCCAAGGAAAAGGAGCUGAAUAACAGCAACCUACCCAAACUACGGGUAAAUGAUGGGCUGAAGAUGCGGGCUUCAGUGCGGAUGACCCGCUACCUGGAGUCCUGGGGGGCCGUUAAGCCAUUCGCCCACCUGUACUGGCGGGAAAACUACAUCAGCAACCCCAUGGUCUUUGGCAGGAGCCCCAACAAGGACAUACCACUUCGGUCUGUCCCUCGUUCCACGGAUACAGACAGCGGCUCUCUCCAGAGGACCAAGUCCCAAGGGAACAAGUUUGAUGAAGAGCUACAUAAUGAGAUGACCAUGACCAUUGAUGAACUAAGCUCCAGCAAGCAGUGGGUGAAAUCGGAGGAGAUCAGCAGCCUUACUCUGUGGUUUACUAAAAAGCAGCUGGAGGAGCAGUAUCGAGCCAUUGACAUUCCCAGCUUCAAGUACUAUAUCGCCUGUGCCAGCUUCAUAUUCUUCUGCAUCUUCAUGGUCCAGAUUUUUGUGACAAAAGAUCCUAAGAAGCUAGCCCUGUCCUUUGGAGUGCUGGCAUGCGUCCUCCUGGUGAUCAUGUGCAUCAGUUUUGCGAGUCACCUCCAGGGCUACCUUCCUGAGAAGCUGGCUUGGUGCCAGUGGCUGCCCGGGGUGUCCGAGGCAGUAGAGAAGAGGCCGUUUCUGCGCCUCUCUCUGACCAUACUCUCCACUGCCACCAUCCUCAUCCUUGCUGUUUUCAACCUGUACUUUGUCCACAAUCUAGCUUCAUGCAAGCUCAAUGUUACGUCUCACCUCACUGGCAGUAAUAGCAGCCAGUUGCCAGACUCAGACGGGGGGAUGGCCUACCUGCCGUACUCAGUGUACAGCUGUAUCCUUGCUCUCAUUGCAUGUGGAGUGUUCCUGAGGAUCAGCUUUGAACUCAAACUGGCCUUCCUCAUCCUGGCCUCAACAGCCUACUACAUCAUCAUCCUCAAAUCAGAGCAGCACCUUUUCCAGUGCUAUGGCCACAUCCUCUACUCCCACCUCAAUGAUAGCAGUAGUGAGCUGUCAGGGAAGUCUCUCUUCAUGGCAGGGCUUGUGAAAGACCCCCAGCUCAUGAGCUGCAUAUACAUCACACUGUUCCUGGUCACCACGCUGAUCAUCAUACGACAGAACGAGUAUGGCUGCCGCAUGGAGUUCCUGCUAAAGAACAAGAACCGCACCGAGCAAGACGAGAUCGAGAUCAGGGAGAACCUUAACCGCCUCCUGCUGGAGAACGUGCUGCCGGCCCAUGUGGCCGCGCUUUUUGUCGGGGAGAGCAAAAAGAACGAGGUGCGGCUCCUCCCGAAAGCAAUGCUUGCCAAGAAAGACAAGGAUCUGUAUUACAAGUCGUAUGACUGUGUGUGUGUCAUGUUUGCCUCGGUCCCGGACUUCAAAGAGUUCUAUACGGAGUGUGACAUCAACAAGGAGGGCCUAGAGUGCCUGAGGCUGCUCAAUGAGAUCAUUGCCGACUUCGAUGAGCUAUUAUCCAAGCCAAAAUUCAGCAGUGUGGAGAAGAUCAAGACCAUUGGCAGCACCUACAUGGCUGCCACUGGGCUUAGCGGAAACCCAGGACAGGAGAAAAACCAGGACUCAGACAAACAACAGGCUCAGACGGGCACCAUGGUGGAGUUUGCUAUUGCUCUGAUGGCCAAGUUGGAUGGAAUCAACCGGCACUCUUUCAACAGCUUCCGAUUGCGUGUGGGUAUAAACCACGGGUCAGUGAUCGCUGGGGUGAUUGGGGCGAGGAAGCCGCAGUACGAUAUCUGGGGCAACACAGUCAAUGUGGCCAGUAGAAUGGAGAGCACUGGAGAACUUGGGAAGAUCCAGGUGUCGGAGGAGACAGCCAACGUGCUGAAGAGGCUGGGUUACUCCUGUGAGUGCAGGGGCCUGGUCAGCGUGAAGGGUAAGGGAGAGCUGAAGACCUUCUUUGUAUGUACCGACACGAGCAAGUCACAGGGCAUGGGGCUAAGCUGAGACCGAAGACUGACACAAAAAUACCUGCAGAAACUGAAUCCAAAGGAAACUUGAUACAUUGGGGCUGAUGAAGAGGACCAGCUCUGGCAGCACGGAAGCCUAAAGAUGAACUAUUUCGCCUGAAGUACUCAUUUAGUCAAACUGUGAAAUCGAAGAACACUGCUGUUCUUUAAAAAAAAAAAAAAAAAAAAAAACGAAUUAAACCAAUUUCUGUUCUCCAUGCUGUCUUUCCUCCCAAUUGUGGAAUAGCCAAUAGGAUUUGUUCUCCAUGCUGUCUUUCCUCCCAAUUGUGGAAUAGCCAAUAGGAUUUGUAUGUCUGUCUCAUUACUACACCGUCCUCUGUCAAUUUGGAAGCAUGCCAAAAAGCAUGCACAUAAAAAUGCGCUUUUCCACCACCACUUGCUAAUCUAAGCUGGCCACAGGAAUGUGCUUUGUGUGUAGGCAAUACAGGCAGACUUGAUGGACCAGAGUCGCUCUUACUGGAUGUGACUGGACAGUUGCGUGAACUGAAUCCCCCCCUUCAUUGGCUCUCAGUCUGCACUGCCAAAGUCAACAUUUCAUACCUGAUUUUUGGGCGGACUAAAGCAUUAGACAGUCAGGGUUCCCACUCGUCCUGGAAAACCUUGAAAACCUGAAAAUUUAUCAACUAGUUUUCCAGUCAUGGAAAACACCUGGAAAAUUUGAAAAUUUACUAAAUGUCCUGGAAAUAUUUGUGAGGUCCUGGAAAAUUGUAGGCUAGGCUAUAAGUCAAGCUAUUAAACAGUAUAUUUAGAGCUGAGAUUGCAUAUUUUUCUGUAUUUUUCUCCGCUUUUCUCAUUUUUAUUAGCUGCUACACGGCAGCACAAAGUUUGGAAUGGUUAUGGUACUUGCACAUUGUACCCCCCCCCCCCCCCCGGCUUUGGGCUACCAUUAUCCAUGUUUUUCAUGUCUGUAAGUCUAAGUCAUGGAAAUUGUCCUCGAAAAUGAUUACAGAGCAUGUGAUUACAUGCUCUGAAUAGAUAAAUAUGGAUGUUGCAUGUGCACUGCUUCAUAGGAAAUUUGCCCUGCAGCACUUUAAUGGACUGCAUGUGUGACUAAAUAACUGUAUCUGCUGUUCAGGAAAAGUUGCUGAGCAGAAUUGGAUUUUUAUUUGAACAGAUGAAUCUUGGUCUUCGUUUAAGUUUGCAGAUCUGUGCAGUUUCCCCCCUAUCCCUUUUCCUUUAUGGUUUCACUCUUCUGGAACAUUGCUUUAGUAUCACACAAAACUGUUUAAAUAUUAAUGCCAAAUAUUCUGUCUGAAAAUGUUUACUGUUGUAUAGUAAUGGAUACUACCUGAUUUAUUGCAUUGUAACAUUAUCAUGUGUGAGGUAAAAUGUUUCAUUAUCACCAACAAUUUAUUGUUCUUUCCCAAAUCCUGGUGAAGUAUUUCAAAAAUAAAUGUAAAUACACUUCAGUAAAUCAAAGACCAGAUACCAAACAACAAAAUCAGUUCAAACAAAAUGUAAUGUUUAGAGAAUAUACUUGUUUGGUAUUGCCUAUUUGGUAAGACAUGGUUGGCCAACACUGGUUUCUCACCAUUUAUUGGAUCAGUUACUGCAGAUGCUUCCACAGAUAACGCCAGGUUUAUUUUGUCUAAAUUAGUAGCUGAUAAAAGAUGAGCACAAGACCCAACAGAUCCUGCAAACUUCCAUGACCAGACUUGGCAGUCUGGAUGCUUUAAUUUGUUGGCUGCUCUCAGUAACGGCAACUUCAUACAAUCCUUUCAAGGAGCCUGUUGGUAUGGAGGUGGUCUUUUAUGGUUAAGACUUAGUGAUCCCAAAAUGCAACUAAACACUGUUCUUGAACUUGAUCCUUCAAUUCUUCUUUGUCUCUCUCAUCCUCUUCUUUGUACCUGUUGCAUAUGUCUGGAAUUUUAAAAAUAAAAUGAUCUUAGCAGUGCUUUGUAGUAUGUUUAGCUAUUUAUGUAUUUUUUUUUUUUUUUUACCAUUACCAAAUUUGUGUAGGUCAACAAGCAUUUGUCUCUUUUGAGUUUAAGUGAUGGAUGUUAAUGGAUGGCAAAGGGAUUUUACAUUCUACCCAAUUUCAUUGCAGAUUUAUCUUUGAUUAUAUUUUAAAAAAUCAUUAGGAGUGCCAACAAUUCUGGCACCUAUGUUUUUGCGGAAAAAUAGUGUUACGCGAUAAAAUAAGUUUUAAAAUGUAUUAGAAUAUAAUUUUCAGUUUGGUUUGUAUAAUUAUGGUAAAUAUUAUGAGAGCAAACAUAGGCACACCCAAAAGGCUUGUGCAUGGUGCUGGGUCACAAGAAUGUUUAAAAUAGAAAAAACUCACACACACUUAAAGCUCCAAAAAAAAAUAAAAAAAAUAAUAAUGUUUACAUUUUACAUUCAAUCAGGUUAUUUUGUAUCAUUAUUAGUUUUUUUUUUUUUUGCAGUAUUAAGCAAGUGUGUGGGUCUUUUCUUUCUAUUCUACAUAGUUAAUUGUACUCUUAUUGGUAUAUGUUAUAACCCAAAAUCUAUGCACUUAAAUCAUUAAAAAUACAAAAAAAGAACAAGAGAAACAGCAGAAAUAAUAGGUAUUUGUGUAACACAGCUGGGCAAAAGUACUUUUAUGUUUGAGUGCUAAUCAAAAGCUGACAAAAGCAAACUAUCACGAAGCUAAUGAAAUUUGGUUGUGUCCUGUGAUGUUAGUUCCUCAAUAAGUGUAUUAUUAAAAUUUGGCAGCACUCUUGUCAGGUUUAUAAAAUAAUAAUAUAAAGUUUCUACAUUGAAAUAUGAUCAUAUUACACAGUCUGAAUCAUGUGGUUUCAUGAAAUAUUCCCAUUUUGCUGCUGUAAAGGCAGUAAAAAUCCCUGGGUUUGUUUCGAUUGACAUGGCAGUGCAAUAUAUAUUCUACUGAAGUUGUGAACAGAAGGAGCAAAAUGGUUAUCAUUGCAGGUACUUCAUAUGUAAAUAUAUACCAAUGUCAAGCAGAAGACUACAUAGAAAGUUUGAAGUUCUUAGGCUUUACAGUGACCGUAAAAGCUGUAGCAUCAGAUUAGCUGCUGGUAACAAGCUAUAGCCUGGGCAACACUGUGAUCUCUCAUAGUUUUGUUACUGUGUGACUCAUUUUAACCCAUCUUAUUUUAUUCAGUCAGACUCAGAAAAAAGAGGAUUUGUGAAUACUGGUUGCUGGCUCAGAUGUAAUACUGUCAGGACCAUUUCAAUAAAUUUUUGGUGCCUGCAUAUGACUAGGUGAAGUGAACAAGACACUUCCCAGAUAGCAGUGGCCUUACUGUGGCCUGGCUUGUGUAUCUCCAAAAUGUGUAUGUAUGUAGUCGUUUCUGUGUGUAUGUAUGUGCGCGUACAUUUUCAUGUGUGUGUGCUGCUUGUAUAGAGAAGAAUGAAGCCAAUUAGAUUAGUCCACCAUUGUACACCUUCAAUGGGUGUUGUUUUUUUUCUUUGUCUUUAAGUGUAAUUUGUCAGAAACUGUAAAUGGCUCUGUACAGUAAUAAAAGUCGUAAGUUUAUACCGA